AUGGUCCUGGUCAUGGUCGUGGAGGAGGAACAACGGGAAUACGCCGCCGGCGACGUCACUUCUUCUCGGAAGCGGCCCCGCCGAGUCGUCGACGAGCCAUCUGCCGAUGAAGCCAGUUGCUUCCCCGCCAAGCUCGCUCGUCAAUCCGACUCCGACUCCUCCAGAGGGUCCGGGGAGGCGAAGCGUAUCGAGGAGGAUUUGCUGAAUAUCCUCGACGACGCGGAUGAAUUACCUGCGAUUCAGGGCCUGGACUCUGUUAUCAGAAGCUUCGAGGAAGAGAUCCUUCUCCCGACUUCUUUGCCACCGCCGGCGAUCCGCGAUGAAGUGACGGUACCGGAGCACGGCGAUUCCAGCCCGGUGCUAGGUCGUCUCCUGGAGGCGUCGGACGACGAACUCGGCCUGCCUCCGAUGCUCGCCGCCGGGAAGGGAGGUGAAAUAAUUGGUUCCGCCGAUUCUCCGGCGGUGGACGGCCGUGAUCGUUGUGGAGAAGGGAUCCCGUUCGAAUCGGACGGUAAUGAUCGUUGUGACGAUUUCGAGGCGUUGGCGGAGCUAUUUGAUGAAUCGAACGAAACUAAUGGUGACCCUGACCCGGCAGAGAUAUCCGAAUUACAAUGGCGGCCAGAGUCGCUGUCAGCUUCCUGA